UUUUCCCAGGAGCACAAAUCCAAGGUGACGGCCCUGGAGAGCCGCGUGUCCCGGGCCAAGACCCGCUAUUCCGUGGCCCUGCGGAACCUGGAGCAGAUCAGCGAGCAGAUCCACGCCCGGAGGCUCCAGAGGCUCCUCCAGCGCCGGGAAUCCCCGCUGGGAGCCGAGAGCAGCCCCCGGGAGCGGAACCCCGGCCCCGAAUCCCGGGAUUUGGGGGCGGAAUGCCCGGCCCCGGACUCCCUGUCCGUGCUCAGCCUCCGCAGCGUCGCCUCCGACCUGCAGAAGUUCGACUCCGUGGAACACCUGGCGGGAAUCUCGGAUGCCGCUUCCCUGGGGAGCGACGAGCCCGGGGAGAGGGAGCGGCGACGGAGCCUCCGGCACCACCGGAGCGUCAGCCUCUGAUCCCGGAAUUCC